GGAAGAGAAAUCGAAAGUAGAUCAGCAGUGGUAAUCUGUGGUUGGUAUACGCAGUGGUAGUUUUACUGACAUUCUAAAAAGCUGUAAACACUGAGAAUCAUCCGCCUUUACUCCAGUGUGUUACCGCCUAUAGACAGGACUUUACUAAAGUUUAGUUAUGAAAUUGUUUAUUUUUGUUUAUUUUUCCUCUUUGCUGGGAAAUGUUGGGACUGUAAGAUGGAGCUCGACAGUUCCGGAAGUUCUGCUUUUUCUCCUGUUUUCUGUUCAUCCUUCAUCAGCAGUCACACACACUCUGCAGUACCAGUACACUGCUGUCGGAGGAAUAAAUUUCACAGAAUUCACUGCUGUUGGUCUGGUGGAUGGAGAGCAGUUUGUGUUCUAUGACACCAACAUCAAGGAGAUGAUCCCAAAGACAGAGUUGGCACAGAAGAUCAGCGCUGAUGAUCCAGAUUACUGGAACAGGGAGACAAAACGUAUGCGGGAAGAAGAUGACAGAUUCAGAGACAGACUGGUUAACAUAAUUCAGAGUUUUAAUCAGACUCAAGGAAUUCAUACACUCCAGAGGAUGUACAGCUGUAAGCUUGAUGGUGACGGCACCACUACAGGAUAUGAUCUGUACGGUUAUGACGGAGAAGAUUUCAUGAGUCUGGAUCUGAAAACUGGAACCUUGACUGAAGCGAAUCCUCAAGCUGGAAUCUUUAUAAAGAAGUGGGAUCCUACAGACGCUAAAGCUAAACACUGCAAGAGCUACCUGGAGGAUGACUGUAUUUAUUGGUUAAAGAAGUUUGUGUCUUACGGCAGAGAGACUCUGGAGAGGAAAGUUCGUCCCGAGGCGUCAGUCUUCCACAAACACACUCCUCCUCCAGAGGUGGUGUGUCACGCUACAGGUUUCUUCCCCAAAGCCCUGAAUAUCACCUGGCAGAAGGACGGAGAGGAUGUGAUUGAGGACGUGGAGCUCAAAGAGAUGUUACCCAACCAGGAUGGAAGCUUCCAGAAGAGGAGCAUUCUGAAAGUCCCAGCUGAAGAGCUGCAGAAACACAAAUACACCUGCGUGGUUCAGCACAGCAGCUUGGGGGAGGAGAACAUAGUCCGAGAAGUACCGAAAGGUCCUAUUAAAACUACGCAUUUAGAUGGUGAAAGAACAGAUCAAGUGUCAGGUAGAAGACAGAUUGGAGUCGUCAUUGGUGUGGUCGUCGUCCCUCUCUUCGCUAUUGUCGCUGCUGUUGUCCUCUGGAAGAAGAGGAACUCUGGAUUCAGACCUGUUCCCCCCCCAGACCCUCCUCUGAAGGAGAUUCUUCCUCCAAAAAAUCAACUGUUUCUUCCUGCUGAAGAGAGAGAGAGAGUAAGACAUGAUGAUGUUUACAGUGAAAUAUGGAAUAAAAAUGUGUGUGGAGUGAAAAUCCAGCAGAAAAGCCUGAGCUUACAUUAAAUCUCAGAUCAGAGCUGAUAUUUGUCUCCACUGUCAAGCGCAGUUUAAUGUCCAGCUAUAAGAUUGUGCUGAAAUAUUUCUCUCCCUGUUGUUCUCCUCUUUCACGGGUGAGGAGAUGCAGCCAUGCUGCUUCUGCUUCUUCUCUUACUGCCACAACUGGACUGCAGUAUGCAACACUGCAGUCGAGUCUUUUAUAUCUGUAUUUUAUAGGGAGAUGAAGAAAAAUGUUAUAAAAACAAAACUCCUGUAAUAACAUCCUGUAGCUCUUAAAAACUUCAGAUUUCCUGCUUGUAUUCUUCCUUUUUUUGUGGAAGCCUUUGUAAAUGUUACUCUACUGUAAAUAUUACUUUACUGUAAAUAUUACUCUGCUAUCCUGUAUUUUGUAAAAACUGUAAAAAGAAUUGAGAUUCUAACAAUUGGCGCUGAACACUUAAAGGGGAACUGAAGUCAUUUUUUAAAAACUUGCUUUAUUUCUUAAUUAACGCAGUGUUCGAAAUACCCGUCUGCAGUCUGCAUUUUGCAGAAUGAUUUUCAAGAUUGCACAAUGAAAAAAUCAGGCUCAGGAUUCAAUGGUUCUCAAUUUAGCAAACUAGCGGCGCUGUAAAUAAACUGAAACCUGCGCCGCGCGAACCUGACGGCGUUUUCCAGGUCAAAGUUGAGCAAUAUUUGCGUAAUGGGAGGACCCGACAACUACCUCAGCAGUGUUCGGCAGUUUCCGCUAUGCAUCUCCCAGAAUUCAAUGCGGCACAACAAACAUGGCUCCCAAGAAGAGGAUUGUUUCUUCGGGGCAUGAGUCCGGCAAAAACGCCAAGAAAACAAGGACGAUUUUGUCGUAUCUCGGCAAAACCAGCAGCCAGCGUGACUCCAACAGCGACAGAUCGCGCGUCCGCGAGGGUGACAAAAAUGAAGACGGUUGCUGUUAUAGUUGGAUUGCUGUGGCGGGUACAUCGCAGUCAAGCGAGGCCUACAGAGAAAAUCGCGAUCAUGGUGACCCAGAAAUAGAGGGAACUUUCCGCGAAGAUCAUGAGCACAUGAUCAUGGUCAGUUGGGUUUUAUUCCUUAAUGGUAUCAAUUCUUUGCAUCAUCGUAAGAUGUAACAGUGUACAGGGCUGUGAAAUUUUCACGGAAUUCCGCGGAUUCUGUCGCGAAAAAUAUCAUCUUCACAAAACGUCUAUUUUUACAUUAAAAAUCAUUGGGGGGUGGGGGGUCUAGUCGGUUUUAAUCGCCUUGCACGAGACCAGUGGCUCAAUACAGCCGGACUCGCGGAGUUUUAUGCCAGCUGAGCAUGGAACACGUCUUGACUGCGACUCAGGAGUGCAUGACAGAGCUAAAAAUAGCGUGACCUGGCACCGCGUAUGUGAAUUUUACAGACGAACGACAUUACAAUACUUCCUAUUUUUACAACAUUGCAACGAAUGCUUUGCAGCAUUCGCGCCAACUUCUGUCUUUCCUGUCUUGGAAAUUCGCUUUCUAUUCAAGAAGAAGGACUUUCUUCAUGAUGCAGUUGACAGUAAGUUAUGCCAAAAUCUUAGGACAUCUUACAAGGCCUACAAUGAUGAGAAAGCAGAGAAGGCAAGACUUAAGCAGCAGAGGGCACAGGCAGGGGCAGGGUGUAAGAUCAGACAUAGUUAAGAUGCCAUCAGAAAGGAAGCUAAGGAGGUGUUUGAGAGAGAUGCAAAGAGGGCUAGAAAAGAACACACAGACAGACUGAAGGAAAAGAUGAAAAAGAACAAGUUUGCAAAACUGAAAGAGAUGGUGUUAAAAAAAAGAAAAUUAAAAGACUUUCAUUAGAUGCUGUUUGACAGACUAUGAACAUUUUGUAAAUAGCUUUAAUAGAGGAAUGCAAAUACUGUAGAACUAAUAACUAAUAGCCUUACUGAAAGAUGAAUUGAAAGAAAUAGCUGGGAGUGAUGCAAAGAGGAAUAGAAGGAGCCAGAAGUAAAAGAAAAGAUGUAAAUAAUAUAUUAGAUAAGAAACAUUAGUUUUUUUUAAACUUUUGCUCUGUAGACAAGAGACAUUGUGAGAGAUUCUUGGAAAAAGCCAGGACAUAAUACAAGAAUUAAGUGUAAUUUGGAAGACAACAGGUAUCUCUCACUUAAAUAUUGAGCAUGAUUUUUCACAAAGUCAUUUUGAAAGGCCCAUCAAAGUUUUCUUUUAUUAACAUUUCUUUAAAUUAUUUACACAUUUUUUACUUUUAUUUUGAUUAAGAGAUAAAAUACAUAGGCACUUAUUAGAUAUUUCAAGGUAUUUUACAUGGAUCUUUCAUUUUAAAAGAGAAAACUGUUGAUAGGUAUUUUAUAUGGCAAAAUGAAGACCAAGACUAGUCAAAUAUUUACUUGUUGAGAAAUUUUUUACUUGCAGGAAAUGCUCAGAAUACACCAUAUAACACCUAAAAUGGCUUGGUGUCUGGGGCCCUGCGGGCCCCAGACACCCCCCCCCCCCUUUUCCUCGGAUUUCUUAUUUACAAUUUCACAGCCCUGAGUGUAGAAUUGAAACCUUGCUUUCAAUUUAAAACUUCAGGUUGCAGAUGCAAACACUGAAUGAAGUGCAUUUUGGGUAACAAUCUAUUGUUCAAGCUAGAAACUUAAACUUGACAAAAUGUAACGACGUGUAACAUGAAAAUGAAUGUUUGUUUUGUUUCUUGAAGAACAGCUGUGUUCUAUUUUUAUUGUGGUGAUGCCUUUAUUAGUAUGUUGUGUGGAAGGAUGAUGUGUGCGUGUGAUAACUAGUACAUUUAUGAAUUAGUUGGUAUACUUCAAGUUGUAGUAGCCCGUAGUGUCAGGGUGAGGGGGAUGAAAGACCUGUGGCGGUAUCAUGGAAUGAUAACUUUGCUGCAGAGAAGGAUCUGUGUAGACUGAAAUUAAAAAUAGUGAGAGAAUAAAGAAUUACAGUAAUGCUAUGAGUUGUAAAGCUAGAUAUGAUGUUAAUAUAGGCAUUAUUAGGUUGAGAAGGGUGUAGUGUGGAGGCUUGUGUAUUUGCAGAAAAUAUUUCCAAAUUGCAGAACAAAAUUUUGACAUUCUGCAAUAUUGCAGAACACUGGAAAAAAAUAUUUCGACCACUGUAAUGUGUUCAAUUACGUUUUCGGUUUUAGUAACCUUAUAUCUUGACUUGUAUUGGCAACUAAUUGCAAUUAAAUAUGACACUUAUUGGUCUAUUCGGUUUUUAGCCGUGUUGAAUUUAGUUCAUUUGGUCCACGGCAGGCAUCGUUUAUCCGCGCGAUCUUCACGAGACUUGUGCGAGACUUCGAAAUGUGACGUGUCAGUGCCGCCAUUUUGAAAACUGUUUUCCAAACAAAAUAUUGCACAAAAACGAGUUUAAAUGACGAUUACUGCCGACUUUUUUUCAAACUUUCCUGAUUGCUAUCAAAACAAAACUUCCAACUUAAUUACAUCAGCAUUUGAAAGCGAGCACGCGUGUCUUUUGACAACGUUGGCAGAUGUUGCUCUGUGUCUGAAAUCACUCCCUACUCACUAUAUAGGGCACUAUAUAGUGAGGAGCCAUUUUGUAGUGAGGCUUAUUUACACCGUAUAUAGUGCACUCAAAGUAUCCCACAGUGCAUCAUGGAAAGUAGUGUACAACCGAUGGUCACUAACCAAAGCAAUAUAUCCCAUCAUGCAUUGCGGUUGUGCUGAAAAAAAUCAAGUCUCAGAUUUGAUUUAAUAAAAGGCGGCGGCAAAAUAAGUAUUCGGCCUUGAUUUAAAAAAAAAACUGAAGGCUGCAGGUAUUUUGUAUUUGUUAAUGUGGGAAAUGCGCUCCAGUACAAUAUGUAUUUUUCACAAAAAUACACGCAUGUGUUUAGAAGAAGAAACCUUUAUUCAUCACAUGCACACUUCAAGCACAGUGAAAUUCAUCCUCUGCAUUUAACCCAUCUGAAGCAGUGAACACACGCACGCACACACCCAGAACAGUAGGCAGCCACACCAGAGCGCCCGGGGAGCAGUCAGGGGUUCGGUACCUCACUCAAGGGCACCUCAGCCCAAGGCCGCCCCACGUCAACCUAACUGCAUGUCUUUGGAUUGCGGGGGAAACCGGAGCACCCGAAGGAAACCCACGCAGACACGGGGAGAACAUGCAAACUCCACACAGAAAGGCCCUCGCCAGCCACUGGGUUCAAACCCAGAACCUUCUUGCUGUGAGGCGACCGUACUAAACACUACACCACCGUGCUGCCCUAUUUUGUAAUAACUUUAUUUUGUAAACCCACCAGCAGACUGAUCUGGCAUGUUUUAGUCAUGUGACAGUAAUGACGUAAAUACCAGCUUGACGGACUAGUGUCCAAAAGUGUUUUUUCAUUUUACCAAUGAGCUCACUAUAUAGUAAUUCCCUAUAUAGGGAGUAGUGAACGAGUGAGUGAUUUCAGACACAGGGAAUGUUGGCAGAUGUUGGUUACUUUGAUUUCCGCUGUAUGUUUUUCUUCCGUCCUACGAUGUCUCGCACAGGUCUCGAUGAAUCUCAUUUACGGCCAUUGCUUUGACAUAUUUCAAACACUCAUAACUUGCUAUAGCAGUGACAAAAUGGCCAUCAAGAGCGGCAUAGUGGUGUAGUGGUUGGCACUGUCGCCUCACAGCAAGAAGGUCUGGAUUCGAGCCCCGUGGCCGGCGAGGGCCUUUCUGUGCGGAGUUUGCAUGUUCUGUCUGCAUGGGUUUCCUCCAGGUGCUCCGGUUUCCCCCACAGUCCAAAGACAUGCAGGUUAGGCUAAUUGGCGGCUCUAAAUUGACCGUAGGUGUGAAAUGUGCGUGUGAAUGGUUGUGUGUCUCUAUAUGCCAGCCCUGCAAUGACCUGGCAACUUGUCCAGGGUGUACCCCGCCUCUCACCCAUAGUCAGCUGGGACAGGCUCCAGCUCGCCUGUGACCCUACACAGGAUAAGCGGUUACAGAUAACCGAUGGAUGGAAAAUGGCUAUCCAAAAUGCAUUCCUAUAUUUAAUAAAAUGAGAAAUAGAAUUUUGAUGAUAAAAAAAUUUGCCUUCAGUUCUCCUUUAACUACCUUUAUCACAAUGCUAUAAAUGCUAUUUUGUCAGUCCAUGAAUAAAUCUUUAUUUACUCUG